GUUGUUUCAAACUCAUUGGUAACAACCAUCGGUAGUAGAUGGUUUAUGGAUUUAUUCAUGCCUAUAGAAAUUCUCCAAUGAAACACAAAAUAUUUUUCUUUUUUUUUAUGGUAACUCAAAGAACUAUUGAAGAUGUGAAUGUAGAAUCUAGAAAUUCUUGUCAGCAAAAAACCUAUCAGCACGAUCGCCACGAUCAACAUUAUCAAAAUAAUUCAGGUCGUAUUACAACAAUUCAGAAAGGAAAUUAUACUAUUCAAGGAAUUCUCAAAUUUACAGAGACCGAUUCGUGUAAUAAAGUCAGUCUUUUCGGCUUAAUAAAUGUGUAUGCUAUUCAAUACGCAAUUGAUAUUGCAAAUAAAAAUCCUAACUUAAAUCAGUGGGCUAGUAUUGGAAUUCGUUUUGAUGAUAAUUGUAGGUCUUUACCUGUUACAAUGGCUAUAGCUGUCGAAUAUAUAUCAAUGAUACGUGAAAAUUCUGUCUGUCGGGAGGAAUUUUUGCAUUGUAUUAAUGACACAGUUUCCGACAAUAUUCAACCAGCAGUUGGAAUUAUAGGUACUGACAGAAGUACUACAACAAUACCUUUGUCAGGUUUAAUGUCUUUGUAUCAAAUUCCAGUUAUAAGCCAUGCUGCUUCUAGUCCUUUGCUGAGUAGAAGCUUACAUAGGUCAUUUUUUAGAACAAUUCCAUCCGAUGUUCAUCAAAUAACUGCCAUGUUAGAUAUUAUUAAAUAUUUUAAUUGGACUUAUGUUAUUGCAAUUGGUUCAGAUGAUGACUAUGGUAAACUUGCAGUCACAGAUCUCCAAAACCGUACAGCGAAUUCUAGCAUUCAUAUAGAAUAUACGAAUUACAUUCCAGUGAAUCAUCGAAAUACAAACAGUACUAUAAUAGAUAUAGUUGAGAAAUUAGAUUCUCUUAAAUCUACAGUAGUUAUUUUGUUUUGCUAUGUAAGUCACUUAGGAGAAUAUAUUUUAAAACUAGCCCAGAAAAAAAGUUUACAACGUGUUUGGUUAACGAGUGACAAUUGGAAUCCGUAUUCUGAAAAGUUAGACGCAGCUUUAGAAAAUCAACUGCAGGGCCUAAUGACCGUUUCUAUGAAACGUCACAAAUUACCAAAACUUGUUAACUAUAUAGAAAAUGAAAUAAAAACAAACUUUUUAUGCAAUACGUGGCUAAAAAACUAUUUGAAAAAUGAUUUUCAAUGCGAACCAACAGCAAUUUCAAGUGACAACAAAACAUUUUUUGGAUCAAAAAAUUGUUCUAUUAAUAUUGAUGAUUUAAUUAAAAAAUUAUCGGCGCUUGGAGAAAAAACUAGCAAUUUAGUAGAUGCAGUGGCAGUUCUUACUCGUGCCAUACUUGUAUUUUUACAAAAAAAUUGUGUUCAAAAUAAGUCGUGUUCUAUUUUAAGAAUUGAUCCUAUAACAUUAACGGAAAUUGUACGAAACAUAUCGUUUAUGAACGACGCUGGAGAGCUUGUUCAAUUUGACCAAUCAGGUGAUUCUACUUUUGUCUUUUAUACAAUCGAAAAUUUACAGUUAAUUAAUGGCACGUUAAAAUAUGUAACUGUUGGCAAUUGGAGUAAAACUCGCAAUCAAAGGUUAUUUUUUAACGAAGAUAAAAUAAAAUGGCCCUUCUGGUUUAAAAAUCUCAACAAAAAACAUCCAGAUUCUCAGUGUCACGCACAGUGCCUAGUAGGUCAGUAUUACACUCAAAUAGAUCAAUACUGUUGGAAUUGCACAAACUGUACAGGUAAAAGUUAUAGUAAUACCAUAAUGGCACCAAAGUGUGAACCAUGUGGUGAAGGGAAACACACAAUAGAUCAUAUUACAUGUGUAAAAACGCCAGUAAUUUGGCUGACUAUAAAAAGCACAGAAGGUGUUGCACUUUUCUUAUCAAGCAGUGUUGGAUGGCUACUUACUUUCUUUUCUAUUAUUUUUUUAUUGAAGCUUCGAAAUUUUAUUUUAACAGAUGAAUCGUCUCCAUAUAUAGUUACACUACCGUGUGUUUUAUGUCUUCUGUCUUUUUCUUUUGGAUUUCUUCAAUUAAUUGAGCCAUCACUUUUUUUGUGUCAGGUGCGAAAUGUAUCUUUCUUCUUGUUAAUUAUGAUGUUUUCUUCAUUUUUGAUAAUCAAAACAAAAUAUUUCAAAAAGUACCACAAUUCUAAUGCAAAAUAUUUCUUAAAAGGGCGGUUAUUUCUUACGCAGUUAAUAUUCAUCAAACUUUUUCUAAUUCUUGAGAUAUGUACCAUUACAGCUUGGGAUAGUAUUGAUGGAUAUCAUGCUCCUUUAGAAAACAAUGAAAUAAUUGAAAAAUUUCAUAUUGAGAAACGCUGCAGCAUAGAGUUAACAGCAGGAAAGUUAAUUUCAAUCUUUGUUCCGUUUAUUGUCACCUUUAUUUCAACUUUUUGCAGUUUUCGUGAGCGGAACAAAGACCACAUCUAUUACGAGCCAAAAUUUUUAAGUUUUUCAAGCAUUGCUCUAUGUAUCACUUUUUUGGCUUUUUUACCUACUUUUAAAUAUGCAAAUGUUAGUUUUAAAGCUUUAGUAAUUGCAUACACUCUUAAUAUAAUGGCUUAUACGUUUUUGGGAUGCCUAAUACUACCUAAGGUUUACGUCGGUCAUGCACGUUUUCGUCAUGGGACAUCUUUUUUUAAACUAAAACCAGCAAAGGCUGCAUGGAAACACGGGAAUUCUGUAGCGCCGUCUAAUAUUGUAGAUGGUGAUCCAGAAACUACAGUGACUAAAGUAACUUCUGUUGAUAAUGGAUAAAUAAAAUUAAACUAGUUAAAGUAAAUUAGUAAAAAAAAAAAAAAAAAUGGAUAAAUAAGACUUAAAUAAAAAUUAAGUGUUUGUAAAUAUCGCAAGUUAAAAAACAUUAUGCAAUUAUAUUUGGUAAAAAAUUGUUAAAGAUGUCAAUAAAGAAUCUUUUUGAUUUGUUUAUGUUAUGCAUUUACUUUUAAUGUUUAUUCAUUAUAUUUUAGACAUAAGUUAUAAGAAAUUUGAUAACGUGAAUGUUACAAUGUUCUUGAGAAGUGUAGAAACGUGAAUGUUACAAUGUUUUUGAGGAGUGGGGCCAUGUUCUUGAGAAGUGUGGCCACGUUCUCAAGAUGUUUUUUCACCUUAAACCGAAAAAAAAGCUUUUUUUUAUUAAUAUAAUAUUAUAUUUAUUAAUUAUUUAUUUGGUAACUUUACUUGUGUUUAUUAGCUUUACCAUAUUAGAUAUCUGUGAAAAUUUAAUGGUUUUACUGUAA